CGUGGGGCAGAGGUGAAUGCUCAGGGUGGUCAUUUUGGCAAUGCACUACAAGCAGCUGCAUAUGGGGGGAACGAAUCGGUUAUGCGGCUUCUCCUCGGGUGUGGGGCAGAUGUGAAUGCUCAGGGCGGCGAGUUUGGAAAUGCACUACAAGCAGCUGCGCGACAGGGGAACGAAUCGGUUGUGCAGCUUCUCCUCGAGCGUGGGGCAGAUGUGAAUGCUCAGGGCGGCGAGUUUGGAAAUGCACUACAAGCCGCUGAAGCAUUCCGUUAUAGAUCGAUUGUGCAGCUUCUCAUCACACACGGGGCUGAUCCCAAUGCUAGGAUUUCGGCUGAUACGU